UGGGGGACACCUGUGUCCUGGGAAGAGGUGGAGGUGUUUGGAGGAAGGACGUGGGCAGGAGGGUUUCCCAACCUGCCUGGGGUUCACAGGAAGGUGUUGAGGGCCCAAACCCAACGCACAGCAAGUGAUGCUGGAGGAACCCUCCUGCACAGACUGUGCUGGACCACCAGAAGGCUCUUGGUCCUUCUUUGGGAGCCUUUGGUUGCCUCUCUCCAACUUGUCUCUGGUUCAGGGUGUCAUCUUGCCUGCACAGGGGUGACCUGAGGCUGAGCAGCCCCAACCCUGACUUGUCUGGGGUCUGUGCUUUCAUUUUACUCUCUUAAAUCUCUUAAUCAUCAUCUCUUGCAAUCAAUCUUUCUCCAGAAGAGAGAGCCCGGUGCCUUGAAAUCACUCUAAGCCUGGUGCUGCUCACGCCAGCUGCAUCCCAGAGGUUUAAUCCUGCCCGCGGCUCCCUGCCUGGUGGCAGGAGCCCGCCUGCCGUGACUUUGGCACCUCAGUGGGCAGUUUGUCCCCAGCUUGAUGGGGACAACAUCUCCCAGGCGAAUUUCACCUCCCCAGCCCCGGCAGAGGAGCCGGGAUCCCUCUCCAGGACGGCAUGGAGGUAAGGAUGGGUCCCAGCGUCUUCCACCCAAACCUUCCUGGGAGCAGCCAGAGGACAAUGUGGGGCCACUGGGGUGGUAGGGGACAUUUUAAGAAGAUAAAACUGAUUUCUUGCUGCUCGUGCUGGCAGGGGUCAGUGUGGCCAGAGCCCGGGAGGAUUAAAACAAUUUCAUAAUCCUGGUGAUUUCCUUUUGAUCGGGAUUAUGAAACCAAUCACAAAAAUCAAAAGCUGCGGCUUAAAGCAGCAGCCAGCGUGGGGCCAGGACGCCCAUGGCCCCCGCAGCUCCCGUCCUGCCCCCCGGGGACGGCGGCCCCCGUGGCUCCAGGGCACAUGGAGGGGGGCUCAUCAACUGAGACGCGGCAGGUGCUGCGGCCCCCCAAGCAGCAUGGCCAAGCCCCCGUCCCCCCGGAGCGCCCUGAGGCCACCCACAGCCCCCACGCUGUCCUGGAGAGCAAGGUGAAGGCGCUGAAGGAGAAGCGUGGGGCUGGCCGGCUGGGGACCCCAACAGCUGCCCCCGAACGCCCCUCGCCCAAGAAGUCGCGGCCCCGGCGGGGGAAGCCGGGGGGAGAUUUGGAUGCAGCGGAACCGCGGGGGAAGCCGGGGGGAGAUUUGGAUGCAGCGGAACCGCGGGCUCAGCUCCGCACGUACCUGACGGACGGGAUGCUGGAUGGCGGGGACCCCGCGGCCCCCCCGGCCCCCCGCGCUGGCACCCCGGGGCUCUGGAGGGUGCCCACACCCAAGGGUGGUGUGCCAGAAGGCACUGAGCUACCCCAUGACAAGAGCGGUGGGACCCAGCGCUCUGCCUCCCCCCAUGAGGCACCUCCCCUGGAAGAAGAGACACGGACCCCAUUGCGGGACAGGAGGGGUCCCUCUGGGUCCCCCCCCACAACAGAGGGCUGGGAGAGUCUCUCGCUGGCCGAGCGGGUGGAGAGGAACCGGCGGCUGCUGCAGGAGGUGCUGGGCACCACCACCUCUGAGGUGUCGGCGAGUGACGGGGACUGGGACUCGGGGGUCUCACUGCAGGACGCUGAGGGCUCCAGGGCCUUUGUCCCCGGGCAGGAGCUGGAGCUGAGCCCGCGGCACGAGCAGGCCAAGCAGCUGCUGCAGCGCGCCCGCAUGAAGGCUCGGACGAACCCCCUGCGCGCCAGCCACGACAUCCUCCUCCUCCCCAGCGCCGCUGCCCCCCCGAGCAGGGAGCCCAGCGGGAGGCCGAGCGUCGCCCCCCGGGACGGCGGGAGCCUGAGCGACUCGUCGAGUGGGGAGUCGAGCUGUGGGCGGCCGUGGCGGCCCCGGGGUCCCUCCCCGUCCCGCGUCCGCUUUGAGGACGAGUCGGCCCGCGACGCCGAGGUGCGGUACCUGGAGCGGCUGCAGCUGCGGCACCGGCGGGCACUGGGCUCGGGGCUCUCCUCCACGGAACCGGUUGCCAGUGGGCAAGUGAAGGAUGGGGCCGGCCAGCCCAAAGCCCCAAGCGGUGACUUGGUGGCCGGGGGCAAGUGCAGCGCCUGUGGCUCCCUCCUUGGUGCCACUGCUGGACGGGGUGUGGAGACAUCAGCAGCCACUGAUGUGGUUGAAAGCAGCCCUGCAGCACAAGGGAGCAUCCCAGGGGACAGCGGGGAGCUGAGCGCUGCCCAUCCGGAGCCCAAAACCAGGGCUCUGGGGCCACGGGGGUCCCCGCUGUGGAUCCUCCCCUCCCGACAGCGCAUCCACACUGAGAAGAUCAAGGAGACAUAUAUCGGGGAUGUCACCUACAUUGAUGAGGUGGACUCUGCCCUGGAGAGCACCGACACCUCUGACGGCUGCCGGACAGACAGUGAGGAGGCAGGACCCCGCAGCACCCACCUGCGGGGGCACCGGGACCCACGGGCUCGCGGGCACAGGACCCCCCGUGCCGCCCCACAGGCAGAGGCGAGAGCUGGGAAGGGGACGUGUGUGGCUGAUGGUGGCCCCCACGCAGGGGAUGGGGGCUCAAGUGGCACCGCAAGCCAGCCAGAGUCUGUUUGUCCUCCACCACUGGGGAGAGCCAGCAGUCGGGAGGAUGGGGACCCCCACCAGCAUCCAAGGGUUGGCAAGGGGCUGGGAAACACCACUCAUCCCCCACAGCUGCCCAGCAAGCCCCCAAACUCCUCCUCACAGCUGGGGGCUGGCACCCCAAUGCCAGGCACCCACCUCCCCGCUCCUCCCACUACCAAAAAGGCCUGUGCCCAGGUGCCUUGCAGGAAAGCCCUCUUCUCUGGCAGCAGCCGCCGGGCAUCAAGCCAAGGAGCUCGGGGCCCAGAGCCUGAUGGUGGGAGUGCUGGGCCCCCCAACCCCGGGGGCACGACAGGGCCAGGGGAGCGGAGGGGUCCCUGCAGCCCCAGGUGGCUCCCAGGGAGCCCACUCCGUGCCUUGUCCACCAACAACUGCAACAACACUCAUGGGCAGGACCCCCCAGGGACAGGCAGAGGGGCACCGUCACAGCCUGUCGCUGGCCCUGUUAUCCUUGCGCCUCAGGAGGCUGCUCAUCCCCCUGGGGAAGCUGCUGGGACACCCCGAGCGCAGCAGCAGCAGCAGCAGCGGCCCCUGGCCGGGAGCACAGAUUCUGGGGAGCUGGGGCGGCCAGCAAGCCGCAAGGGCAGCAGCGCGUCGGCAUCGGGGCUGAAGAAGCUCCUGAGCAGCCUUAGCCAGAGCACCAAGCAGCGCCUGGGCCGCUUCCGCUGCUACAGCAUGGAGCAGCUCCCGGCCCCCCCUGGUGCUGCCCCCCCAGAUGGCCCUGGUAUGAAGAAGUCGCCGUCUCUGCAGUCCCUGACGCUGGUGUCACCCUUCUGCCAGCCCCAAAAAGCCACCUCCACCCAGAGCCUGCACCCUGCCCUGGGCAAGGGACCCCGCGCCAGCGCCUACCUCCUGCCCCAGCCUGCGCCCGACAGGAUGGGGGGCUCGGGGCCACGGCGCUCGCUGAGUGUGGAGGACAUCGGGGCGCCGGGGCGGCUGCGGGCGGUGGGGCGCGUGGUGGAGGUCUUUCCCGACGGCACCAGCCAGCUGGAGCUGCAGCGACCCCCCCAUGGCGCCUUCGGGUUCCGUGUCACCUCUGGGCAUGGACGGCCUGACACAGGUGUCUACGUGCAGGAGAUGGCAGACGCUGGCACAGCCAAGCUGUACGCGGGGCUCCUGGGCGUGGGGGACGAGAUCCUGCAGGUCAACGGGGUGGCCGUCUCGGGGCUGGGGUUGGCCCGAAUCCGCGACCUGCUGCUCCAGGCUGACACCCUGUCCCUCCGCGUGCUCCGGCACCGCCCACCACCCCGGUAGUCCCAGCAUGGAUCCCAGGAACCCCGAAGGGAGGAGGAUGAUGUCCCGCCAACGUCCCGGGAUGCUGCAGGAUGGUGCCGCAUGGACCCCAUGGUACCAGGACUUGCCCUGCUCUGGUGCAAUACGUGGCUCCUUGCUGUGGUGGGGACAAAGUGGGACCAAGGACCCCCCCUCUCAGUGUCCAGCAUCUCCAGGAGUUGCCCCAGGUGUGGGGACAGGGGAUAGCUCAGCCCUGCCAUCGAGCCUGGGUGGGUCUGUCCUGCUGGGCUGCAGAGGCCAGUGUGGGGACAACCCUGUCCCUGCAUCCCCCAGGGGACACGGGGCUCCCUGCCAGUGCUGGAAGCCUGCACCCGUGUGCUGGUGCGUUUCUUUUAAAUUAUUUCAAACUGCUAAAAACCAAAUAUAUAUAUAUAUAUACGUAUGUAAUCACAAAAUGCAGUGCCCUUGGCCUGUGGGUGGCACGGAGUGGCUGGGUGGUGACACUUGGCCAGGGGGAUGGAACGUGCCCAGCCCCAGGGUCAGGGGGCAGCUGGUGUGUGCAGGAGCCAGGUGUGGCUCUGGGUGCUGGGGUGGGUGUGGGUACCUUCAGGUUGGGCUGAGCCCCACCCGGGCCGGUGUAACCGUGAUGGAUGGCUUGUCUGUGGCGCUGAAGGCAUGUGGUGGCAGGGGGUGGCAUGGCACAUGGUCCCUGGACAGCCUGAGCUGGGAUGCUGAGGGCAGGAGAUGCUCUUUGGGGCCUGAAGACCUGUUUGGUCUGUGGGGUGGAGAAACAGGGACAGGACAGGGGGACAUCCCCAGGGGUCCCCAGAGACCGCUUAUGCCUUAAAAGCCAGGAGGACAAUGCCCUGCAGAUGCUGGCAGGAGCUUUUCUCAGGAGGCCCCCUGCUUGUCCCAGAGCACAGGUCACUGCAAGAACAGCAGCUGGUGGUCUCUGCCGCACAAUACCGGGCAGCAGCAACACAUUUAUUUAGUGUUAAAUGAGGGGCACCACCAACAACAGAAAAAGCAAAUGUAGAAGGGAAAAGGGACCAAAGACGGUCUGGUGGCUUGCGGUGAUGCCAGCAGCUGGGCCACCAUCCCAAUGAAGGAGCAGUCCUGCACAGAGCUAUUCCCCGAGGAUGCACAACCAUGCCAGAAAUAACAUGGGGAUUGGAGGUGUCCAAAUACCGGCCAACAACAAGCCCUGGUUGGACUCAGACUCCUGGGAACCUGCCCUUGGAGAGGUAUGAAGCCCAAGGAGCCGCACAGAUGCUGCCACAGCCUUGGAAAGGACACACCACGUAUUUCUUGCAGCGUGACCAAAAGAAAGGAGGUGCUCUGCAAGGAGAAAGAGCAACUGCCGGAAUAAUUAGUGCAGGUUGGGGAUGCAGCAGGGGGUUGGUCUUGCUCCCCAUCCGGCUGCAGAAGGCACGGUGCGGCACCGGUGGGGUGGACGGGGGGUCAUGCAGCUGCUUCAAGGGAACCGCAAACCCGGCGGGGAGGAGUGUUCCAUCUGGGCUGAGCAUCCCGGAGGUGAAGCUGUCAGGGGGUGGGCUUCUUGCUCCGGGACGAUUAUUUUUUUGGGGGGGCGAAAUUGCAAUUUCAGUAGAAGUCCUGGCGUCAGCACCAAUUAACUUCCUCCCCCAGCCCCAUCUGAGACCCAGAUGGGAAGGCAAAAGCCGGCCUGUCCUGAGUCUUGUGGUGUUUGCAACUUUAAAUAUGAGAGCAGGUUUUGGUAAGAAACCGUGUUUUUCUUUUUUCCUUUCCUGAAGGGUCACCCCAAUAUUCCUGCAACCGUUUUUUGCAGCACAAAACCCCCAUCCACAUUUCUCCCCAGGGUGAACAUCUUUUCACCACAUUUUGGUAUUGACUACCUGGCUAACUCCAAAUUUGCUGUAUGUGGGGAGACAACUUAGGCUUUGCAACACUGCUGAGACAAUUCGAGCAACAAACAACUCAAAGGUAACAAAAGGACUGGAAAAUAACACAGAAACAAGACCUAGCUUUGAAUCUCCAGCCUUUUGGUUGCUUACAAUGGAAGUAUCCAAAAAAAUAGCAGUUGGGAAAAA